ACGAUCUUCAGUCUCUUGGCUCUCAGGAGUAGAAAUUUACCAAAUGAUUGAUUCUUCAAUCUCGUAUCGUCUCGCUUGUUCUUUUGUUCGUCUCUCCUGCGCAAACACGUCCGCCAUUUUCGUUCCUUAAACCUUUCUUCAGCAAUUCCUCUUCGUCAAUCGUGGUUUUUUAUUCGUCAUCUCUGUCUGCGUCUUACCUAGAAUCUCUAGGCUACAUACUCCAGGGUUUUGUUUUACUCAUAUCACCCCGAUAAACCCUAGUUUUUUCAGUGUGAUCAGUCAUCAGUAGUAGUAAAUUUGAAUUCUCUUCGGUGGGUUGCUUUCUAAUGGAGACCCGAGGCGGUUCCCUUCAGAAUCCGUCGAAGAAACAAUGGCGCGCCGUUUCGGAUUCACUUAACGUUGGAGACGCUACAGACUUUGCGGAUUUGCAGCAGCUGAAGCUAAACCAGACAGAUGAGAGAACCAUAUAUGAGAAUGGUGAGCUACUGGAGCAGCAGCUUCUUAACGUUUCUAGAGAAAAAGGAGAGCUACAGCAGUUGGAGAUUGAGCUUCGAGACCAGAUGAUUGCAAGACAAAUCCAGAGCAACUUUGAAUCUCAAUUCACAGAGUAUGCUAAUGCUGCUGCUAGAAUGCAGGAGCAACUUCAUGAGAAAGAGAGAUCUAUUCGAGAGGCGGAGAGGAAGUUAGAAGAGAAAGACAGAGAGCUGCAUGCGAUUAAACUGGAUAAUGAAGCGGCCUGGGCCAAAGAGGGUAUCCUAAGAGAACAGAAUAAAGAACUUGCCACUUUCAGAAGAGAGCGUGAUCAAUCUGAAGCUGAGAGGUCCCAAAACAUACAUCAAAUAUCUGAACUUCAGGAGCAUAUUCAAGAGAAAGAGAGACAGUUCACAGAACUGCAGGAACAAAAUAGGAUUGCUCAAGAAACUAUCAUGUACAAGGAUGAGCAACUGAGAGAAGCGCAAGCUUGGAUUGUGCGUGCCCAAGAGAUGGAUGCUUUACAGUCAUCUACAAAUCACUCGUUGCAGGCUGAAUUGCGAGAGCGUACUGAGCAGUAUAACCAGCUCUGGCUUGGUUGCCAAAGACAGUUUGCGGAGAUGGAUAGGUUGCAUUUGCAUACAGUGCAACAGCUUCAGCUUCAGCUUGCCAAUGUAACGGAAGGAGGUGGCUCUAUAACAAAUUCCAACGGUGCCUCCCAGAUUAUUCAAAACAGCGGGAACCAAAUCGAGGCUGUACCAGAUAGCUCACAGAUGCCUGUGCAGAAUCAUGUGCAUCCAUCUCAAGGGGGUCAUGGCUUGACAAGUUCUGAUGCGAAGAGUGAAUACCAGGUGCCUGCCAAUGGGCAGUCCCUUGGUCAAGGCCCUCAAGGGUAUCUGGAUGUUCAAACUAGCCAUGGAGCACAACAUGGAUCAACUACACCAUCAUCGUCUGUGAGUGAACAGAUAGUGGAAUCUGGCAAUGGAGGCUUUCAAGACAUUUCUUCACAGUUCCGUGAUGCGCUGAGGCUAGAUUCCAAUGCCCUGAAUCAGAAACCUGAGGAGGCUGAUGGUCAGGCUUCACCCGGUGAACAAAAUGGAAUUGGAUCCAUUGUACGUGAAACUCUAGUCUCAUCUGGAAAACUUGAGAGGAACUUAGAGAGUGCUCUUCUUGAUGAAAAGUCACUUUUGGCUUGUAUCGUUCGCACUAUUCCAGCUGGUGGAAGGAUUAAAAUCACACCUCUGCACUGGCAUGAUUACAAGAAAAAGUACGGGAAGCUCGACGAUUUUGUUGCUAGCCAUGUAGAGUUAUUUGUGAUAGAGGACGACUACAUUCAAGUUCGAGAAGGUGCACAGAAGAUGGUAGCAGCUUCGGCUUCAGCUUCAGCAGCCAAAGUAGCAGCAGCUACAGCUUCUUCAUUUUCAAACUCGAUGUAUGUGGCUAUGACUCCUAUGGCUCAGCCUCAGGGGUCAAAGAAGAAUGACAAAACAGUCCAAAGAGGAAGACAGCUCUGAUUGUAUGGCGCAACAACAAAGAAAGCUCUGAUGAUGUUACUUGUAGAGGUACAAGUCAAGCAUAUAAGAGAGGCGUGACAAUCUCGAUGCUAAAAUAUACAUUUCAUUUUUUACUUUUCGGUUUUAAUAUGCUCAAAAUCGAUUGUGUAUUAACUUUAGUUUGACCUGCUUACAUUUCUUAUUUUUUUCUAUUUGAUUUUAUUGGUGUAUUAAGUCGCCAAUCCUCGAUGCUAAAAUAUAUACAUUUGGCUUUUACAAAUCGGUAUUAAUGGUAUCUGUUUAUAUGCUCAAACUCGAUUGUGUUUA